AGCUCUUUAAGCCCCGGCGUGCGACACAGAGCAGGCAUUCAUAGAUGGGCAGUGCGAGCGAGGGGGCUAGGGAGUGAGCGCGAGCGUCAUUUUGGAAACUCUGGAACACACGGACUCUCAUUUUUCAUUACUGAAUAUUUCGCUAAAGGCCUACAAUUUCAGAGACUGCAAGGGAGAGGAGACUGUUCUACUGGAGCAAGAGGUGGGACUCAACAGGUAAACUGGGAUCCACACGACGCGCUCAGCGUAAGACACCAGCAACACGGAUGGAAAGAACUUUGAUGAGGAAUCCUAACAGAAUUUUAGAACGUAGACUGAGAGUUGAGACUGACUGGGAGUUUAUAUAAAGGAGACCUCGAGUGACAGAAGCAAUCCUUUAGUUUUAAACAGGCAUAGUUUAUAUUCCCUGAAAAAGGGUGACCUUCUUCGUUAGUUCAGACAUAGGGAUACGCCUAGACUUAGUAGUUGAACACCCAUAGGCCAAGAAACUAUACCCUGUACACUUUCUGUUACUCACCUGAGGGAGGAAGCUUUCUUGGAAGAGAGGAAAAGAUGUCGGGGAGAGGAGCAGAGUUUAUCUGAGUUAGAAAUGAGUCCGGGGGUCUCGGACGACGGUCACUCCUUGUCACCGGGUCAAUCCUCUAGUGCCGCAGGCGGAGGAGAUUCGCCCCUGUCCGUUCCGCAGCCCCAGCUGACAGGGGUCGCGACGACGACCCUAUCCGAUGUAGCUGGUGGGAUUUCCAUCAAGUCCGACGAAGACGACGAUCGCUUUCCCAUUGGUAUCCGCGAGGCAGUGAGCCAGGUGCUGAACGGCUACGACUGGACACUCGUGCCUAUGCCUGUGCGCGUAAACUCCGGCAGCAAAAGCAAGCCGCAUGUGAAAAGACCUAUGAACGCCUUCAUGGUGUGGGCACAGGCCGCACGGAGAAAACUGGCAGACCAGUAUCCCCACCUCCACAACGCUGAGCUCAGCAAAACCCUCGGGAAACUUUGGAGGCUCUUGAAUGAGAGUGAUAAGAAGCCUUUCAUCGAGGAGGCAGAGAGGCUGAGGAAGCAGCACAAGAAGGAUUACCCGGAGUACAAGUACCAGCCACGCCGCCGCAAGAACGGCAAACCCGGCUCGGGCUCUGAUGCUGACGGCCACUCGGAGGGUGAGGUCAGCCAUAGCCAAUCGCACUACAAGAGCCUCCACCUGGACGUGGCUGCCCACGUCGGGGGGGCGGGGUCUCCUCUGGCUGAUGGACACCACCCACAUGCUGCAGGCCAGAGCCACAGCCCUCCUACACCACCCACCACCCCCAAGACGGAACUCCAGUCUGGGAAGUUGGGUGAUGGGAAGCGGGAGGGCAGUGGAGCGGGGGGCUCCCGUGGGGGAAUGGGGGUAGGAGCGGAGGGUGGCUCUGGAUCAGGGUCAGGCAAACCCCACAUUGAUUUCGGCAACGUGGACAUCGGUGAGAUCAGCCACGAGGUGAUGGCCAACAUGGAGCCCUUUGAUGUGAACGAGUUUGACCAGUACCUGCCCCCCAACGGGCACCCGGGGGUUGGACAGAGUGCUGUCAGCGGCAGCGCCUCGUCCUCUCCCUAUGCCUACGGUAUCUCCUCUGCCCUGGCCGCGGCCAGUGGACACUCUGCAGCGUGGCUAUCCAAGCAGCACCAGCAGCAUCAUGCCUCCUCUCUGGGCUCCGACCACUCCAAGGCCCAGAUUAAGAGUGAGGCCGGCUCGGGACACUUUGCCGAAGCAUCCUCAGGGAGUUCCCAUGUCACCUACACUCCCCUCAGCCUGCCCCACUACAGCUCUGCUUUCCCCUCGCUGGCCUCCAGGGCCCAGUUUGCAGAGUAUGCUGACCACCAGGCCUCGGGAUCCUACUACGCCCACUCCAGCCAGGCCUCAGGGCUGUACUCUGCAUUCUCCUACAUGGGGCCCUCGCAGAGGCCCCUGUACACAGCCAUCACUGACCCGUCCAGCGUGCCACAGUCACACAGCCCCACACACUGGGAGCAGCCUGUCUACACCACCCUGUCGCGGCCCUGACAAAGACCGGGAGCAGAGGGCACUGGUGCAGAUUUGGCCCCAACGGCAGACCCACAGAGCGGAGGAGACCUGGGUUGGGGGCAGUGGGGAGACGGAAUCCCCUUCUGGUCUGGCCCAGAUGCAGGAUGGCCAGUAGGGUCCAAGGAGGAAUGGAGAUCAGAUGAUUUUAUGGGGUAACGUGUGGUGUAUAACUUCAAUGUUGAGUACUCAGAGGGUUGGAUCCUAGUUUCUAGGGUCAGAAAGAGAAUAAAUCAAAUCCGUAUUUAAAUCUAGAUGCUUAUCGUUGAAAUGGUUUUAUGAUGUAAAGAUGUCAACAGUAGAGAGUGCCAAACUGUUUGGCUAGCCCAUCCAUCCACAUCUCAGGCAUGUUGAAAACUGAUUAAUUACAUGAUGUAACACAGUAUCCAAUAUAUAAUCAAUACGACAUAUUCUGUGAUUGGCCUAGAGGCAUAUUUCUUGUAUGUACAGCACCUAUAAGUUGCCUCUGUUGUAAUUGGAAAAUACUGUAUAUCUAUAACAAAAGGGCAUACAGUCCAGAAAAUAUGUUUCUACAGAUGUUUAAUAAAUUAAAAUGACCAAAGUUUUGAAACCAAAACUUUAAAGACAGAGAAAAAAUAUUGUUUAAAGUUGUUUCUCUCCAUAUGACACUGUAUCUCAGUACUACAUUGAUGUUGAAUUAUGUACAACACAUUAUUUCUGACCUGAUUAUAGCUCUUUGGUGACAUACCCUCAAGACUAUAUUGAUAUACAGUUGAAGUCGGAAGUUUGCAUACACCUUAGCCAAAUACAUUUAAACUCAGUUUUCACAAU